UGAACACCCACUGUACUCUGUAUAUCAUCUAUCUUGCUACUCUUCAACACAUCUGCGACCUAAACCACAUUCAAACACACUUCAACAACACUUCUUGAUAUCAGCGUGUGUCCCGUUCAUCAUUUGUUUCUCAUAACCAUUUCAUUCACCAAAGCGUCAACCCCUCAGAGUCCAUCUGCACUUCUUUAUCAUGAUGCCUCCUUGCUCACAUCUGCAGCCUCACUGCUAAACCCUCCAUCUUCCACAUUCGCGUCAUGGCGCACCAUACCCGCGAGCCUCAAAUCGAUCCCUCCUCCCUCAUCGCUCGAGUUGGCGGAGUCUGGGCCGGUCCACAACUCCAAGCCGAGUUCCAGAAUGAAGUCGCCGCUCUCCUGGGACGUAACAACCGUUCUUUUCCAGGCGCCCAACCCGUUUCCUUUGCGGCCAAACAUCUCGCCGAACUCAAGAACCAGGACUAUUAUGUCUGUGAAAAGACUGAUGGCCUCCGCUACCUCAUGUACCUGAGUGAAGAUGCAGGAAGGGGUAUACAUUACCUCAUCGAUCGCAAGAACGACUACUAUUACGUUCCUGGUUUACACUUCCCCCACCAUGAGGACAAAACCAUGCAGCACUUCCACACUGGUACCAUUCUCGACGGCGAACUGGUCGAAGAUCGCUACCCAGAUCGGCCGUCUGUCAUAAAAUACCUCGUCUUCGACUGUCUGGUUCUUGACAACAAGUCGCUCAUGAACCGACCCUUAGACAAACGCCUCGCCUACUUCAAAUCUCACGUCCUCGAGCCAUACAAGACUUUCUUCAAAGCCAAUCCUCAGGUUGAUCGCGCCUUUGUAGUCGAAGACAAGUCCACCGAAUUCAGCUAUGGCCUAGAAAAAAUGUUCAAAGAUAUCAUUCCCCGCGUCAAACUUCUGCACGGCAAUGACGGUCUAAUUUUCACCUGCAAGAAUUCUCCUUACAAGUCUGGCACCGACGAGCACAUACUUAAGUGGAAACCCCCUUCCGACAACACGGUUGAUUUCCUCCUCCACAUCGACUGGUCACUGUACGAACCGAACCCGGACGACCCAGACCAAUCGCGACCACCGGAUUACCAUGCAUUCCCUGCGCGAUUCGGCUUGUAUAUUAACCACGGUGGCGACAAGUACGCCUACGUGGAUGAUCUACAUGUAGAACCGUCCGAAUGGGAAGAAUGGAAAUCCUCGGGUCGACGAAUCCAAGACUCCAUAGUCGAGUGUUUCCAAGAGUCUAUCACACAGGCAGACACCAUGCACCACAACGGCACUGCUAACCCCACGAACGGCGCGGGUGGACCUCCUGUUGGCGAUCGUCGAUGGCGCUUUCAUCGCUUCCGCGACGACAAGACCGAAGCUAAUCAUUUCACCACCUACGACAGCGUCAUUCAGUCCAUCUACGACCACGUCACUGAAGAAGACCUACUAGCCGACGCCGAGGACAUUCGACGAGCUUGGAAGCAACGAGAUGCAGAUUCACGAAAGAAAGAUCCGGCCAAGAAAAGCUUAGUACCAGGACAAAAGCCUUGACCAUGUGUUUUUUGCGGCUUGUAUGAAACGAUCAAAGGAGUUUUUUAUGGUAGGGAAUGGAAAAGGAGGAAAGGAUGGUACUGUGUGCUAUACUGGGGAAUAGAGAGGUAUUAAGUUAUGGGAGGGGUGAUGGAGAUCGUGUCAUCUCCGGCGGGCGCGGCAUAGUGUGAGACUGGUAUUUCAUUGAACACGGUUUGGAUACUUAAGGUAGCUACGCAAGGUAUCAUGGCGUCGAGAGGAGAAGUCGGGCAAGGACAUGGGCAUGGCAUGGCGUGGAGCGAAAGGUAUCAUAAGCAAAUGGCUAUAUAUCCGGUGUAGAAGGAUUGAAAUUCGAUAUCAGAUCUUCUGCC